CACACCUCGGGUCCCUGUCCAACAUGGAUGGAUGCCAGUCAUACGGAAUUGCGCAAUCAGCGCUUGCGGCUCCCGAAGCCCCAUCUCGUCCCGCCCGCCGUGACUGAAACUUUCCCGCCGUAUUGAUGUGGCCCUUGACUCAUCCAAGCGUUUACAAUUUUCCCCUUUAUAAAGGAUAACGUUGGUGAGCGUCAAGGCUGGGAGCGGAUUGUCCAUUGCUCUUUAUAAAAACAAACGAAAAAAACAGCAAUUAUUGUUCGCCAUGACUCCAAACGAUGUGGGCGAUGAUGGCCAGAGGCCAAGAUAUGAAAGAAUCCACUCGCAGCCCGAGAAUCCGUUCGCGGCGCUCAUCCCGCACCAGCAGAUAGCCGUCAUCCCGUCCUUCACGCUUGAGUCGGGCGUGACUCUCCGCAAUGUCCCCGUGGCAUACACCACCCGCGGCACGCUGGCACCGGAUGGCAGCAACGUGAUGGUCAUCUGCCACGCCCUCACCGGCAGCGCCGAUGUGGGCGACUGGUGGGGGCCGCUCCUGGGCGGGCCUGGCCGGGCAUUCGACACGUCUCGCUUCUUCGUCGUGUGCAUGAACAGCCUGGGGAGCCCGUACGGCACCGCCAGCCCCGUGACCGCCAAGGACGGAGAUCCGUCCAAGGGCCGGUACGGGCCCGAGUUCCCGCUGACCACCAUUCGCGAUGAUGUUCGGCUGCACAAAUUGCUGCUUGACGAUCUAGGCGUGAAGCAGGUUGCCGCCGUGAUCGGCGGGUCGCUCGGCGGUAUGGUUGUGCUGGAGUGGGCCUAUUUCGGCAAGGACUAUGUGCGGUGCAUCGUGCCCAUCGCCACCUCGAGCAGGCAUAGCGCCUGGGGUAUCAGCUGGGGCGAGGCCCAGCGCCAGUCCAUCUACGCCGAUCCCAAGUACGAGGACGGCUACUACUCGUUUUCCGACCCCCCCUCGACGGGUCUCGGCGCCGCACGCAUGGCCGCGCUCCUGACCUACCGGAGCCGCAACUCGUUUGAAGCGCGCUUUGGCCGGAACAUUCCGGAUCCUUCGCGCCGGCAGACGAUCCGUGAGCGGCCGACGCCCGUUACUCCUUCGGAAGCGCAUUUCCAUAUUCACAACGACGGGCACAAGUGGAAGCGCAAUCCGUCUCGACAAAGCAGCGAGGGAGGCACACCUUCCACGCACGAGCAGCCCGGGGGUUCGUCCGUUGACCCGCAGUUCCACGGGCCCAAGAACGGGAGCCUGACAGGAGGCGAGGUUAUGCCGACGGGUUCCACCUACUUCUCGGCGCAGUCGUAUCUGCGGUACCAGGGCGAGAAGUUCGUGAAGCGGUUCGACAGCAAUUGCUACAUUGCCAUGACGCGCAAGCUGGACACGCACGACGUGAGCCGAGGCCGCGCGGGGACGGUGGCCGAGGCGCUGGCCAUGAUCGAGCAACCUACGCUAGUCCUCGGUAUCGAGAGCGACGGGCUGUUCACCUUUGCCGAGCAGGAGGAGCUGGCGGCGCACAUCAGGAACGCCCGGCUCGAGCGGAUCGACAGUCCGGAGGGCCACGACGCGUUCCUCCUGCAGUUCGAGCAGGUCAACCACUACAUUCUCGACUUCUUGAGGGAGGUACUCCCGGACAUCAUGGAUAAGGACAGCAAUGGCGAGGUUGUGGAGAGCUCGGUCGGUCAGCUGACCAAGAGCAGCACGUUUGGGGAGGCUGAGGUGGAGGAUAUUACGGCGUGGUAAGGACGGCUGGCCCGGGUGCAUCAAGCUCAGUCAAGCUGCGAAUCUUCCCCGGUCGGAGGCGUGUCCAGUCUUGGUGCCAGGAGAAUUCCUGGGUUGCAGACGCUCCUCGUUCUGCCGCGUCGCACGAACAUUGGAGGGCACAUGGUGCCUCCUUGUCGCCGGAGAAUCAUGUGGCCGCGGUCUAUCGCUA